AUGUAAUAUUAACUUCAUAUAAUUGAUAUCUAUGGAUUUGAGAAUAAAUGGUAUUACAAAUUAAGAAUUACAAAUAAUUACUAUAGUUGUUAUCGUGAUUUGUGUGUAAGAUUUUAGGAUUUGAGUUAAUUGAAUAAAAAUCUCUAAAAUGUAAAUUAUUAAUCAUAGGUAAAUGGGAGUUAAUAUUUUUGUUAAUAGUUACCAUAAUUUCCUGAGAAAUCAUUAUUUGUUUAUUGGUUUUAGAGUAAUGAUAGUAGAGAAGAAUUAUUAGAAAAUAGAGAGGCUGUCUAAAAUUAUUUAUCAGGGAUCAACAAGUACAAAAAAUUGUUCUUAAUAUAAGGAAUCCACCAUUUAAAAAUGAAGCAAUCAAUUAUUUUGUGUAAAAUACAUAUGAUCCUUAGAGGAAUCAAUAAUUAAGAUUUUAAAACAUAAAUAAAGAGACAUUUUAUAAUUUACGCUUAAAAAAUUAAACAAUAAAAAAGGGCAAAUUCAAUAAGGUAUUUCUUAUAAAGGGUGAGGAAGGAGACAUAGUUGUACAUUAAUUUUUAAUGCCUUCAAAUGAUGCAGCAAAAAAAGAUUAUGAAAAUUACAAAAGAGCUUAAUUGUUAAUAACUGAUUAUACUUAUUUAGUAAAAUGUAGUGAAAUAGGAUAAAUAAUAAAGAAAAAGUCAUUUUUUUAGAGGAAAUAGAAAAAAACAAUUUAUAAUGCAUUGGAAAUCGGUAUAGACUCAACAUAUGACAUAAUUUAUUCAAUAGAAGAAUAUGUAUAAUAACCUAUGAAUAAAUUAAUUUAAAAGAGAUAAGAAAAUCAAGAUUAUUUUAAAUUAGAAACAAUAGUAGAGGCACUUAUUACUUUGAUAAAUGUAGCAUAAUAUUUCCAAUUUUUAUAAAUCUUUUAGAAGUAAUUUUCUGUAACCAAUUUCUAUUAUGAUGAAAAAAUAGGAUUUAAAGUUGGAGGUUUGACACCUGUAUAUGCAUAUAAAAAGAAAUAUAGAUUGAAAAAUGAUACUGAUCCAAAUACAUAUAAGGCUUUAAAUCCACCAGAAUUGUGUGGAUCUGCUGGUGGAUACAGUAUUAGGAAUAAUUUGAAUUCUUAUAUAAAAACUGAUGUUUGGUAGAUUGGAAUUGUGAUUUUAUCAAUGGCAUCACUUACUUUACCAAUUAAUUUAAUAUUGAUUGAAGAUAUUGAAAAUAAAAUUAAAUUAGUACAAUAAAAAUAUGGGUAUAAAUUUUAUAAAAUUAGGGAAAAAUUAGCAUUUUUAUUAAAAAAUAUGCUGCAGCGAAAUUAAAAUGAUAGGUUUACUAUUAAUGAUAUAAUUUUACCUGCUUAGUAAUUAAUGCCUAUGAAUCUAGUAUAAUUUAAAUCUGGGAGAUCAAUUGAACGAAUAUAAGUAUGAAUUAAUUUUAAUUUAUAAGAUUUCAUCCAUAUCCCAAUAGUAAUUAGAAGACUUGGAUAAAUAAUUCAAGGAGAAAUCUUCAGACAAAAAAUAUAUUGUAAAUUUGAAUAUUGAUAGAAAUAUUGCACAUUAAAUGUUUCUAUUUAAUUUGGAAAGAAUUAAAAGAGAAUUUGUCAUACAAUUGCAUAUUAACGUAUCUCCUUAAACUAUACCAGAUGAUUUAAUUGGCAAAAUGAUGUCAAGUUUAGUUGAAUUCUAAAACUUAUAAUUAUUAGUACUAAAUCUUAAAAAAUGUAUCUUAACUGAUUAAGCAUAAAAGAAUAUAAUUAAUUCUGCUUAAUAAAUUAUAAAACUUAAAUAACUUACCUUGGAUAUUAGCGGUAAUUUAACCAUUGAAAUUCCUUAAUCAAAAAUUAGAAUGGUUGUUUAUAACCAAUGA